AUGUGUCGUCGAUUACUAUUAACUGUUAUUUUUUCCUUAUUUUUUGUGACUAUUUUGUCAAUUCGAUGUUAUACAGGCACUGAUAGACAAUGUAUGUUAGCACCACAUAUGAAAGAUUGUGGCUCCGAUGAAAUAUGUCAAUGUGCAAAAUAUCGUUUUCAAUGUACAACAGAUGAUCAAGCUUGUAAUGAAUAUGAACAAUUAGUAAAAACUAAAAAAUGGGGAUAUACAAUUUUACGUAAAAGUACAUGUGAAAUGUUACAACAACAAUCAUCAAGUGGUUAUGAUAAUGUAACAUGUUGUUCAAACGAUGGAUGUAAUCGACCUGAUCAUGGUAAAUGUGCAUGGUCUCAAUCUCGUCGUCAUGCUUCACGUAAACUUACUGAUUUACUUGAUUUUGGAUAA